AUGGAUUACGAAAAGCAGAGCGACCCCAAGCUGGCCGAGAACGCCAAUUCCACCGAGCAUGAAGAUCGGUUCUCCGCGAAGAUGGCCGGCCAAGCCCAUGUGCCAGUAACUCUGGCCUCAUUUGCGCAUCUCGACGAGAAAAAGAUCUUGCGAAAGAUGGACUUGCGCCUGAUCCCUAUGCUGGCGCUUCUGUAUCUAUUAUCUUUCCUUGACCGAGGAAACAUCGGAAACGCGAAAAUCGAGGGUCUCCAAGAAGACCUGAACAUGACGGCCGACCAGUACAACUUGUGUCUGACUGUCUUCUUCUUCACCUAUGCAUUCUUCGAGGUCCCAUCCAACCUGAUGCUGAAGAAGCUCCGUCCCAGCCGCUGGCUCCCUCUUAUCAUGGUGUCAUGGGGCGUGGUGAUGACCUUGAUGGGGAUCGUGAAGAACUAUCACGGCCUGCUGGUUGCUCGAUUGUUCCUCGGUCUCACUGAGGCUGGUCUGUUUCCUGGAGUUGCUUACUACUUAACCAUGUGGUAUUGCCGCCACGAAAUCCAGCUCCGCCAGGCCAUGUUCUUCUCUGCCGCCUCCGUCGCCGGUGCCUUCAGCGGGCUCCUCGCCUUCGGCAUCGCCAAGAUGGACGGCGUCGGCGGUCUCGAGGGCUGGCGCUGGAUCUUCAUCCUCGAGGGAAUCGUCACCGUGGUCGUCGCUUUCGCCUCCUUCUUUCUCCUGUACGACUUCCCCGAGACAGCGAGCUUCCUGACCGAGGAGGAGCGACAGUUUGUCAUCUAUCGCCUCAAGUACCAGGGCCAGACGACCACGCAGACCGACGAGGGGGCGGUGCAGGUCGCACAGGCUGAGGACUUCCAGUGGCGGUUUGUGUGGCAGGCUUUCAAGGACUGGCAGAUCUGGCUUAACCUUUUCGUGUACUGGGCUAUUGUCUGCCCAUUGUAUGGAAUCAGUCUGUUCCUUCCAUCUAUUAUCAACAGUCUUGGAUACACUUCAAGCACGGCACAGCUGUUGACUAUUCCUAUCUACAUCACGGCUUCUAUUCUUGCCGUCAUCGUCGCCUGGUCUUCUGAUCGCGUUGGCAAACGAAGCCCAUUCAUUAUCGGAUUCCUCUGCAUGAUGGCAGUCGGUUUCAUCAUGUGCAUUUCAUCCGAGAACCCUCGUGUUGUCUAUGCCGGCGUAUUCAUUGCCACCUGCGCCAUCUACCCUGCCUUCCCUGGAAACAUCGCCUGGCUGUCAAACAACCUUGCAGGCAGCUACAAGAGAAGUGUCGGUAUGGCCAUCCAGAUUGGAGCUGGCAACUUGGGAGGUGCCAUGGCUUCCAACUUCUAUCGUCAGAAGGACAAGCCACGAUAUAUACUCGGGCAUGCUCUGGAAAUUGGAUUCAUCGGGGCAGGACUUAUUGCGGCUCUCACCCUUGUUGUUUCGUACAAGAAGAUUAAUAGCAACCGGGAGAGAAAGAUGGCUUCGGGCUCUACGGGCAAUGUGUCGGCUGAGGAGCUUUCUGCCCAAGGUGACAAGGCUGUUACAUAUAGAUACAUGUAUUAA